CUGUCAUCAUCGUGUCUAUUUCAUUGCCAGGAUUGAUUUCAACGUAACAGUUAUGUCGAUAGAAGCCACGUAAUUAUACUUUUUGAAGUUUUCAUGCAAGAGUCGAGUGUUUUCUGUGUAAAAAAUGUCUCCAAAUUGAAGGCAUGACAUCUGAGCACGCAGAAUGCCAUCUGAAGCAGUUGAGAAGCCAGUAGAUGACGUGGAGGCGUCAGGCUCCGGGACAGAGUCGGACAGUGAUGAUGAUGUUCCUGAUUUGGAAGAAGCUGACCCAGCCACUCUGCAGCAACAGAGUCAGAUGGCACAAGCAGCUGGUAUCAAAGAGGAACUAGUCAGCAAAGCCAAACAGAGCAGGAGUGAAAAGAAAGCAAGAAAAGCUAUGGCCAAGCUUGGGCUGAAGCAUGUGGCUGGAGUGACCAGAGUGACCAUUCGCAAGUCCAAAAACAUUUUGUUUGUCAUCAACAGGCCUGAUGUGUACAAGAGUCCAGCGUCUGACACAUACAUUGUGUUUGGAGAGGCUAAGAUUGAAGAUUUGAGUCAGCAGGCACAAGUAGCUGCUGCAGAAAAAUUCAAGGCAGCAGAGGCGACACCUGCUGGAGAAGGGGUGCCUGGAGUUCCUGUAUCACAACCCAUCCAGGAAGAAUCAGAUGAAGAGGAGGUUGAUGACACGGGCGUGGAAGCCAAAGACGUUGAGCUGGUCAUGUCCCAAGCCAACGUGUCUCGGUCGAAGGCAGUACGGGCUUUGAAAAAUAAUUCGAAUGAUAUUGUUAAUGCUAUAAUGGAAUUGACAAUGUGAUAGUGGGCCCAGACGAACAAAUGGUGUGGUGUGUUUGCGACUUGGAGAGACUGCAUUACCUGAUGCAUUUGCAUCGCAAGACUAAUGGUUCUCAAACUAAAUAUUGUGCAUGGAAAAAGGCUAUUGUGCAUGAAAAAGGGGAUUUUUAUUUUAUUCAUCCAUUUAUUUAUUGUGGUGGAAAUGAUAAAAAACCGUUUUGUUUUCUUUGUGGGGAAAUAAGACAGACCUCUUUGGGACAGGCACGACACCAGACUUGGCAAGACUAGUGUGGCUGGAUGGCAACAUUGCAGUAGUUGAGACAAGAUCUCUACUGGCACAAUCGUGCACGAAUUCUGGCAUUGUUCAGGAUUCUUUCGUUCUUGAUAUGAUUCUGUCCACGGUCUUCGCGUGCACAAGACUUUUUAAUGGAUAUUCAUGAUGAAUAGUGUAAUCAUAAAAUACAAUCAUUUAUUAAACA